AUGGCACUAAGAAGAGUCGGCGAAAAGGACAGCCUCCAGGCCGAACGACGAGAUAAGCUUUGCCGCAACGCUGUCGGGCCCAAGCAGACAGGCCACUCAAGCCCGGGUUCUCCAGGCUCUCCAGACGCUCCAGGAACCCAGAUCUCGACGACGUGGCGAGAGUCCCUCUUCCCCGGAUUCGACGCCAGUGUCGGCCCAUCUCCGACCAAAAACGCAACACUCAUCCACCCACCUACCCACCCAUCCACGCAAGAGGUUCCCACGUUUCUUUCUCGUUCCCUCCCACUGCAUUCGUUCCCUUACACCGGUCGGGGCAGACCGGGAGAAGCGGGGUCAGCCAGAGUCCGAACCAUCAAGAGCCAGCCAGCCAGCCGAGUUGCAACCCUCCGGAAGACGGUCAUGUACGUCAGAGACAACUUCUUGAAGGACAAGCAGAGCUUCACCCAAAAGCUCGCGGCCCUCUCGGGUGCCGCAACGCACCUCGCCGUUGAUGAUUCCGAGGCCAUGUAA